AUAGCUUUUGAACCCUUUCACUUUCGAAUUCUUUCUCCCGUACCAGGAAAUUAUCCGUGACGCUUCUUCAGUCGCCUUCGUCAUUUUGGAAAACUUAACACCUAAACUUGUAGAAUAUAAUUAGAAUAUAGUUUAAUACAUAAUGGCUCUUUUACAAGUGUCUGGUUUUACGCCUUAUGCUGAACUCCGUGGGCAGAUUCUUCCAGCAGGACAGACGCAUCUCGUCGACCGAACCAACCACUACAAUUUCGGGACCAAAACUCAGGAAUUUGCUGUACCUCUGGGUGUAGACCCCUCAGGGUUUCUCAAAUCCUGCAACCGUGACGGUGGUGUGUCUAUAGACCUGAACCAUGGUACGACCACCCUGGCCUUCAAGUUCAAACAUGGAGUCAUCGUGGCUGUGGACUCCAGAGCCUCAGCAGGACGUUACUUAGCAUCCAACGACGUCAACAAGGUCAUAGAGAUCAACCCCUACCUGCUGGGCACCAUGUCGGGCAGCGCUGCAGACUGCCAGUACUGGGAGAGACUCCUGGCCAAGGAAUGCAGGCUGUACAGGCUGAGGAACAACCACAGGAUCUCUGUGGCUGCUGCCUCCAAGCUGCUGUGCAACAUGAUGCUGGGUUACAGAGGCAUGGGCCUCUCUAUGGGAAGCAUGAUCUGUGGAUGGGACAAAGAGGGCCCUGGUCUGUACUACGUGGACGAUGGAGGGACGCGUCUGUCCGGCCGAAUGUUCUCUACCGGCUGUGGAAGCAGUUUCGCCUACGGUGUGGUGGACAACGGCUACCGGGAGGACAUGACGGUGGAGGAGGCGUAUGAGCUGGGCCGUCGGGGCAUCGUUCACGCGACACACAGGGACGCCUACUCUGGAGGGGUGGUCAACAUGUACCACAUGCAGGAGGAUGGCUGGAUAAAGGUGUGUAAGGAAGACGUAUCAGAGCUGAUCCACCGCUACAGGAAGGGAAUGUUCUGAAUGUGCAGCACUCUAAAAACGUCCAAUGAUGACUUUCUUUCCAAAAACCUUUUUUUUUUUUGAUAACUUUUCUAAUAGUUGAUUUUGGAAAUGACCCCACUGUUGUCUCACAGCAGAGUGUGCAGUGAUUUUAGCUCAAUGAAACGUCAGAGCAUGAGAUGCUAUAGAACUGUUUCUUUCCUUACACACGAAACUGUUAAGAUCUUUGUUUGGUAUUUGUUCUUUAUAUGUAAUGCAGGUGUGUUAGUUGAUUCUCACAUGGUUCCGUGUAGUAGUUUGUGUUAACCAGACAUCCUGUUCAAAAUAAUCUUACAUAAUACAUAAUACAUAACAGCUCUAAUAAAGCCUGUUGCUCAACUCCC